ACCCGUCCCACCAGCACGCGCGACGCGAGAAGACGAGACGAGAGAGAUAGAUAGCAGAGAGGAAAAAGGGAAAAAAGAAAACCCAACCCACAGCCAUCGUCGAUACAAACGGAGGCGACGAGGCAGAGGCGCCGCCGCAGCCACGCGCGGCCGCCGUCCCGCCCGCUCCCAAUUCGGCGCCCCGAUCGCCGGAUCUCCUCGCCGGCGCCGCUGCCGGCAGCCCGGCCCCCCUACCGAUCGGCCCCUCCCCAUGCCCUUGCCCCUCCGCAGGUUUCCUCGCGCGGGAGCAGGCGGGUGGCGGCCAUGGCGGACCUCGCUUCGACCUGCAAGGAUAAACUUGCAUACUUUAGAAUAAAGGAGCUCAAAGAUAUCUUGAAUCAGCUGGGGUUGCCGAAGCAGGGAAAGAAGCAGGACCUAGUCGACAGGGUAUUGGCUCUGUUAUCAGAUGAGCAAGGUCAACGCCAUCAUGGAUGGGGGAGAAAAAAUGCUCUUACAAGGGAGGCGGUGGCAAAAGUUGUUGAUGAUACAUACAGGAAAAUGCAAGUUCAAUGUGCUCCUGAUCUAGCCUCUAGGAGCCACAGCGGAUCAGAUUUCAGUCAUUUCAGGCCCAAAGAGGAAGCCACUGACUAUUAUCAUGUGGAGACUAAGGUCCGCUGCCUUUGUAGUAGCACCAUGCUAAAUGACAAUAUGAUCAAGUGUGAGGAUGCCAAAUGCCAAGUGUGGCAGCACAUGACCUGCGUACUCAUUCCAGAUAAGCCCACAGAGGGUGUUAACCCUGAAGUUCCGCCUCAUUUUUAUUGUGAAUUGUGCCGACUGAACCGGGCAGACCCGUUUUGGGUGAAUACAGGAAAUCCUUUGCCCCCUGUGAAAUUCAUGUCAUCUGGUGUUGGAAAUGAUGGAACAAGUGUAUCUCAAAGUGUGGAGAAGACCUUCCAGCUUUCUCGAGCAGAUAGAGAAACAGUACAGAGACCAGAAUAUGAGCUUCAGGUUUGGUGCAUUCUUAUAAAUGACAAAGUCCAAUUCAGGAUGCAAUGGCCUCAAUAUGCAGAAUUGCAAGUGAAUGGUAUUCCUGUACGAGUAGUGACCAGACCUGGUUCUCAGUUACUAGGGAUAAAUGGACGGGAUGAUGGGCCACUGGUAACGACGUGCAGUAGAGAAGGAAUCAAUAAAAUUAGCUUAUCAAGAGUUGAUACUCGAACAUUUUGCUUUGGAGUCCGAAUUGUUAGGAGGAGGACCGUUGCUCAGGUAUUAGACAUGAUCCCAAAAGAAGGUGAAGGGGAGUCUUUUGUGGAUGCUCUUGCUCGUGUUCGACGCUGUCUUGGAGGUGGAGGGGCUACAGAUAAUGCUGAUAGUGACAGCGAUUUGGAAGUGGUUACUGAAUCUGUUACAGUCAACCUUCGUUGUCCUAAUAGUGGAUCCAGAAUGAGGAUUGCUGGAAGGUUCAAGUCUUGUGUUCACAUGGGUUGUUUUGAUCUUGAAACCUUUGUGGAAUUGAAUCAACGCUCCCGCAAGUGGCAAUGUCCAAUAUGUUUAAAGAAUUACUCUCUUGAGAACUUGAUGAUUGAUCCUUAUUUCAAUCGGAUUACUUCUUUGUUGCGCAAUUGCAGUGAAGAUGUGAAUGAGCUUGAUGUUAAACCUGAUGGAUCAUGGCGUGUGAAGGGUGAUGCUGCCACCAGAGAGCUAUCUCAGUGGCAUAUGCCUGAUGGCACACUUUGUGACUUAAAGGAAGAUACAAACCUUGGUGCAAAAAAUCUGAAUCAAGUCAAGAUAGAGGGUACUUCUGAUGGACAUAGAAGUUUGAAACUUGGAAUCAAAAGAAAUCCUAAUGGCAUAUGGCAAGUUAGCAGUAAGGCAGAUGACAAGAAACCUUCUAUGGUUGGAAAUCACAUCCAGAACAACAAUGGGUUUCAAGCACCUAACACUCUGCCUAUGAUCAGUAGCCCCACCGGGAGUUACAGAGAUGGAGAAGACGCAAGUGUGAACCAAGAAGGGGGUGGUACUCAAUUUGAUAUAUCAUUGAACCAAGAGUUUGACAGUUUUGCCCGUAACUUUGGUCAGACAUACAAUACAGAGGAUAGGCAGCAGCAGCAGCAGCAGCAGCAGCAGCAACAUAAUGCUGCAGAUGUCAUUGUUCUUAGUGAUUCUGAUGAAGAAAACGACACGAUUGUUCAACCGCCAGCUGUCUUUGACAAUACUGCUACAGAUGGCAACAAUUUUCCUUUCGCCACUAGUGGUGCUGCAUCUGGAUAUCCUGAAAGAUACCAGGAGGAUGCUGGUGUUGGCACAAGUGGCCUUGGUUUAUUAAGUAACAAUGCUGGUGAUUUUGAGAUAAAUAACUGGCAAAUGCAUUCAUAUCCUCAACCAGAGCAAGGAUUCCAGUUUUUUGGGACUGAUGUUGCCAAUCCUUUUGUUACUUCACAUAAUUCGUUUAAUAUUACACCAGAUGACUAUUCUCUUGAUUGUAAUGUUGGCAUAGAGGAACCCUCAGCAGCUCACGAUAUUUCAAUUUACCGGAACAGUAAUGACAUGCAUGGAAGCUUGGUUGAUAACCCAUUGGCUUUAGCUGGCGAUGAUCCGUCUUUGCAAAUUUUAUUUCCAAGUCAACCUUCCACUGUUUCCCUUCAGGAAGAAUUGAACGAGCGUGCUAAUGCUCCAAAUGGUGUCCACCCUGAUGAUUGGAGGAUCUCUCUUACACUAGCGGCAGGUGGAGACGGUAAUGAAGAGUCUGCAAGUGUUGAUGGUCUGCAAUCACAGCCAAAACUGCCAUCAAAAGAGGCAGGGGUCGAACCUUUAAUUGAUGCUGCCCGACAACCAUUUUCAGGAUCAUCAUGGUCAACUUUUGAAGGCAGACAUCUUAGGUCGUAUUUUUUUCCUAGAAGAUGUGCAAAGUCUGAUAUUUUAAAAAAGCCCCAGAAUAUAUUUAAUUCCCUGGACACUAAUAACUGGGCAAGAAUUUUAGCAACUUAUGCUGAGUGGCCCUGCCCUCCUGUACUUGGCAUCACCCUGAAAUGAAAUUAAGUUAUACUGAAUUUCUGAAGAUUUUCUAUUUGUUACCAACUUAUAAUUCUUUAGCAUGUGGGCCUGUAUUAUCUGUUGGUUGGAGAACUUAAGAGUUUUCUAUGUUUGCUUUUAAAGCAUGUUUAAUGAUUCAAUAAUGACUAGAGUAGCAAGAACAAUCUAGUUUUAAUGGGCUUAAGCUGAAUUUGUGGCAUAAAUUGAACAUGAUAUUUUGAGUUUUUGACCUUCUAGCUUAUAGCUGUUUGUGUCCUCACCUUUACCAGUAUACAUGACACAGCCCUCAACAAACUAUUCAUGUAAUUUGUUUUCUGGUUGAUGUUACUGUUGAAACAUUUUUUGUUCUUGAUUGCAGCCUCUGCUCUCCCAAGCACGAACAAUGACAGAUGCAAUGGAGUGAGUCUAAAUCCGAGAAGGAUCGAAAAUAUAUUUUCUCAUCCUCGGCAACCGCGGUCUGUUAGGCCUCGCCUGUGUUUAUCAUUAGAUACUGAUUCGGAGUAGCUUGGGCAUCACAUUGGAAUCUCCGAGUUCGCUAUUAAUUUGGCAAAGUUGGCAUAAUCUUGAUUUUUACUUUGGAGGGCUAUCAGGUUGGUUGAUACAAGGAGACACCAGUGCAGAUGCUUUGUUGCUUCAACCUGGUGUGAGCCAAGUGUUUUGUAUGAUCCAAGUGGGAUCUGCAUAGAGUUCAUCUGAUGGUUGGUACAGGAUAUUUUCUAACUGGAAGUGAAGGCUUAAUGUGGCUAGCGGAGCAGGUUGUACAUUUUUCCUGACAUUUACUGGGUAUAAGGAAUAGGGGGGCCAUCACUUGGCGAAGGACAAAUACAUGUGAAUGCUUGUGUGUACCAUCAUUGUAUUUAGGGUUUGGGUGCUAAUUUAGAUUGUUUGUUACCCUGAUGUUUGAUGGAAAAUAAAUUAUUCCUUGAAGUGGCGGUCAAUAACCAGAGCCCUUCACUUUUGAUUUGGAGCAGCUGACCAUUCA